UCUGUUGCCAGCCAACAAGCAGGAAAAAGGAAACACUUUCUGCCUGGACAUAAGACUCUCUCUGUAGACACAAAGCCCAGGAUGCUGACGGGUGUCCACAGGCUAUGUGCACACAAUAGUCACGUGACCAGCAACCGUGUAAACCUGUCUGAUAGGUGAGCUUGUGGAAUGAUCUCCUACUAUUAUUAUAGAGCUGGGUGUAAAAGUGAGAAACAUGUCUGCGUUACCUCUCAUCUCUAGGAAAACAGAAGCUUUAGGAACGCGCUAGCAACUUCUCUGAUCAUGGACGUCAUGAAUGAAUAGUCUGAUUUUGGCAGCAGUGAAGCUGGUUUCUUACUGGUGCUUAGUAAAGCAGAGUGAAGCAAGAUGACAAGUCUGUCUGUGUUUAUUGAUGUUCCAAAAGCAUCUAAGUUAAGAGAUGAGCAACAGGAAGAAGAUUUUCUCAAGGACCGAGACCGGAGGAAGAUAUUUCUGGGGCAAAAAGUGUUUUUGUCUGAUGAUGGUCUGCCGUGGGUUCCUUUGCCAGUGAAGAAGGUAUAUUUGCAGAUACUCAAUGAUCCAACACGAAAUUAUGAAGAUUUGCCAGUAGGUGGAAAUCAAGAAUUUCUCAGAGGAGUGAUGGAACUGGCUUUGGGAAAGAACAACAAGGCUAUCCUGGAAAAUAGGGCUGGUGGGAUACAAACCCCAGGAAGCACAGGAGCUUUUAGGCUUGGCAUAGAAUUCCUCAGUCAGUGGUACAGCAUGAACCCAAAGAUGUCAGUCUGUAUUCCUCAUCCUGACUGUGAUGGGUACAAAGAAACAUUGGAAGCUGCAGGUAUAACAACCAUAUAUACUUAUCGGGUAUGGGACAGCAAACAAGGAAACCUAGCAAUAUCUGACAUGCUGGAUGAUCUGGAGACUUUUCCUGAUUAUUCCAUUAUUGUGCUUCCAAUAUCCUGUACUCCAACUGGAAUACAAUUCAACAAGAGUGAGUGGAAACAAAUCACAACUUUAUUGAAGAAAAAGAACAUCUUCCCAUUUUUCAACCUGAAAGGUCAAGGACUGUCCUCUGGAGAUGUAGACGCCGAUGCCUGGCCUCUGCGCCACUUUGUUUCAGAAGAUUUUGACCUGUUUUGUGCACAAUCAUUUUCAGCCACUUUUGGACUAUACGGUGAAAGUGUUGGGUGCCUGCUAGUGGUUAUGAGAAACAAUAGAGCUUUGAUCGGUGUUCGCUCCCAAUUGGAAUGUCUUGUGCUUAGAAAAUGGUCAUCACCACCAGCUACUGGAGCACGAGUGGUAGCAACAGUUCUUAAUAAUCCAACUCUUCAUGAAGAAUGGAAGGAAAACCUGAAAAUGGCAACAAAACGUCUUAUGGUUAUUAGAGAGAAAAUGCGGGAGAAGCUUAGACUUCUGGAGACUUUGAGAUCUUGGAAUCAAAUCACCCAGCAAUCUGGCCUAUUUACCUACUUUGGAUUAACUAAGGACAAAAUUGAUUUUCUGGCGAAGAGAAAUCAUAUUUACUUACCUGAAAAUGGACAAAUUAAUAUCUCGGGACUUAAUAUGAACAACAUACAUUAUGUCACGCAAUGUAUAAGUGAUGUGACUCUGAAUGACACAAGAUGAUGCAUUUUAAUAGCAUUUUUUUUGUACUGUUGACAUUUGAGACAAGACACUUUGUAUAGCUUUUUUUUACUUAUAGUGGAUGGAUUUCAUUUGUGUUAACAAUUAUUUGAAAAAAAAAUAUAUUUUGUAUGUGUGUGUGUGUAUAUAAUUAUUGUAAGUACAAUCUCGUAUAGCUUUUGAGUUGAUACAUUGACCAGGGGCACAGCUCCUGCUCCUAUGGUUGUCCUUCAGAUACAUAAAUAUUGUUAUGAAGAUAAUGAAUAUCUCCAACAAAGGGUUUUGUUAUCAUCAUAUACCAGAAAACAGAAUACAAUCAUCCACAUAGUUCACAAUUUUAUUGAAAAAGAGGCAUAUUAUUUCCCUGUUUAAUGUACUAAACCAAUCUUAAACCUAGUAUUUCCAUUUAUGGAUGGUAGUAAGGAAAAUGAGGGGAUACCAUCAACUAAUCCUACAAUCUUGUAUCAGGUAACUCUUUAGUUAACUGAAUGGUUAAAGUACCUAAAGCUAGCACUUUCUUUUAUUUUUAAUAGAUUAUGUAAUGCCUAAAACACCUGUAAUUUUUCCCCACACUUCAUAUUCUUUAUACAUAACAGGGAGUAAGAUAAAAAACACUUUAAAGUGAGGGAAAUGCCCCCAUAGACAGUUUUUUUUUAUUCUGAGACAAUUGUCCCCAUUGACAGAUUUCUCCUCUACUGCUGUUCAAAUUUUUGGAUCUUCACUUACUUUCAUUCCCUGUGACUGUGGUCACAAAAACGGAUACAUAGGCAGGUACAGUUGUUCUUAA